AUGGGAUGGUUCUGGGCCGACUCUGGCGAUUCGAAACCAAAGACUUGUCCGAAAACUGCUAGCUUUGAGGCUCUUCAAUGCCCUGUUAAUCAUAAAUCUGUCCCCAAAACAAGCCGAAAUGACAAAAUUGAAGGCUGCCCUGUUAUUCAUGGUUCCAAACCUCAGGAUGGCCUAAAUCCGUUGAACCAUAUUCCUGCCAAUUUGUCGGUGGAAAAACAGCCCCAUCAGAGCUUGGACCUGCCCAAAGAUCGCACUAUGAGCUCGAUCCCUAAAGGUAGCAAUCCGAACGGGGACUUUUGGGAGUACCCAUCGCCUCAACAGAUGUAUAACGCCAUGGUUCGCAAGGGCAAAAUCGACCCAAACACGGGCGAGGCGAUCCCCGAGGACGCCGUGGAAUCCAUGGUAUUCGUUCACAAUUUCCUCAACGAAGGGUGCUGGCAAGAAAUUCUGGACUGGGAGAAGAAAUACACAGAGCUCACCAACACCGAGCCUAAGCUCCUGCAGUUCAUGGGCAAGCCCUCCCAGCUUUCCCCCAGGGCACGGUGGUUCAGUGUUCUUGGCUCGCUUUUCCCAUCCAAAUUCUCCAGCGAGCCUCCCUUUGACAGACACGAUUGGACCGUCUUGAGACCAGACCCAAGUUCCAGCGAUGCCGAAUAUCCGGGCUUCAAGAAAGUUCGGUACGUGAUCGACUUCUACAGUGGACCCGACGAUGAGGAAGGCCUUCCUACUUUCAAUCUUGACGUACGCCCUGCCCUUGAUGAUUUUACUAGCGCGAAAGAUAGGUUCACGAGGUGGACGGAGCCUAUUUUCAGCGAAUAUUUCGACAAGAGCCAGAAAUGA